AUGGCUGAUAACCAGGGCCAUACUCAGCCUGGCUAUCCCUACCCCCCAUCCACGAGGAGAAGUGUACCCAGACGUAAUACUGAUAUCAAACAGCCCACACCGGUUGCAAGCUACGGACACGGCAAUCCAAACCAGUCCUAUAGGAGGUUUUCGAGCGUUUUGAAUGCGGCUGAUCCUGUAUUGAGUCCUAGUAACCCGGUCAAAAUAACUCCUACCUUAACCGAAGAGCCAGGGAUUCUUCAAUCAGGAAUCAGUUUCGUCGCUCAAGAGGCAACCCGUCUUAACAUCGCGUCGGGGAAUGAAUCCGUCCCUCGCUUGAACUCCCCGUCAGUCGCCUCGACUAGCCUAGCAACUGUAGCUCCCAGCGAGGCUGGAUCAGGAUGUUCAGAUAGGAGUGCUUCGUCGGCUACGGAAAAACCUUUUGUGAAUCGAGACGCGACAGCAAAAGCAGGUUCCCGACGAAAGAGGUUUCCAAACAAACAGGUUAAUGCACUCAACUUUCUUGAUUCAGACUCUCCUACGGUAACACCGGAAUCUAUUCGUAGAUCAAUGGAAGAAGCUGCCGGUCGAUCACCAACUUCAGUUCAAUGCCAAUCGCCUUCAACUCGUAGUGCAUCCUCGAUAUCAAAUAACUUUCGAGACGAUGCCUCAGAGCCAAUUGGUGGACGUGAACCCGACCGAAGCACAAGUCCGGAGCAUGGUCCUGACCCCGCCAACGAGGGCUACCCACCAGCACACAACGGGAUCCGAACGGCUGGAAUCGAUAACAGGAAGCGCAGCUAUGAUUUUUCGGAAAACUAUAGGGCAAAUUCUGAACAUUCGCAUGAAUCACCAGGCGAAUUCGCACCACGGGACCCUAGUCGAGGACGACCGCAACAUGUUCUAAGGCCCGAGAGGUUGCCGCUCACAGGUUAUGAGCUUCUCGCCUCAAAAAUAUCCACUUCCUCGUCGGAUCAUGCUAGCCACCUUCGACCAAUAUACCGUAGAUUUGAGAUUUUGAAUCAUAGGUUAUUGCUAUAUCUUCAGGAUGAACUUUGCGAGCUGGAAGAGCAGCUUCAUAGGCUCGACGCGGCGGAUACGCAAGCUAGACGCUUACCGAACUGCAUCUUUCCAGCGUCACGAAGGGCGGAGUUUAUGGCCAGCGGCGAGCUCCAUUGGCACAAGACAGAUGUACUCGGCAAGAUUGGAUUUAAACUGGACCAGUACAACCGGGUACUAUCAUCCUUUAAAGAUACCCAGGGGAUGCCAGCUCCAACCAUGGAUGAUAUACAUGAAUAUCGUAACUAUCUUGCGAUCCAUGCCCCUAUCGCUGAGGCCGAGACUCGUUUUAUCGACGCGACGGAUGAUUUAAUAUGUCCAAGUUACGAAUACCAAGAGGUGGUCGACGAGGACCCGGUUCCGACGCCAAUUCCCCAACACGAUUUUCCCAUUGCUGAACCUAGGAGCGUAUCUCCUAUACCAUCCCCAAUUAAAUCUCGGCCUACGUCACCCUACCGUCAAGAGGAAAUUGGCACUGAGACUGUUAUUAGCAUGUAUGAAGAAUCGCCAAUCAUUCCUUUAUCUAUAGGAAUCACUGUUUCUGUUAUUCUCCCGAUCCUGACCUUCUUAAUUAUACCUGGAUAUCUAGGCAGGUUGACGGUGGUAUUCCUCGUGGGUUUGGGUAUCCUCGGAUCCCUGAUCCAAGGCGGCAUCGUUGCUAUUCGAACUUGGGAGCUCUCUGUUUGCGUUGGACUUUAUGGUGCUGUAAUGGCUGUUAUUGCAGGAAUUGUAUGAAGGAAGAGGACUGACAUUGCCGGCUCACCUGAGAAUGGUGCCGGCAUAUGACUACUAUGAGGCAUUUCGACAACAGAAUGCUGGUUUCAGUGGCAAUUUACUUGUAUCACUUAUCAUGACUUACGAUAGGAUACGAUUUAUGACUUAUGGUGUUGGGUGUACCAUAUGGAAGGAAAUGGUCGAGGGUUAAGGCAACUAUUAUACAAUACAUAUGUGGUGUAGAUCAGGUAUCUUGCGAGUCUAAUUUGGUAGUACUGAAUCUUGAUUUUUGAUAGUUCAGAGCCCAGACACAGUUAGCCAUUAAAGUGGUCAAGAUAAGCGAAUAGGGGCAGACAUAAUGGGUAUCACUGGGUACCACACCACAUAUAUGGCCAUAACCAGCUAUCUUUAUAAAAAGAGUAGGAAGCCAGGCGAUAUUAGAAUCAAGCUACUGCCCUAGCAUUCGUUCUACGUAUGGCCUAUGCCACAGAUACUAACUACUGCGUUAAGAUAUUGCAUUCAAAGUCAGCUUUCAGCUCACUCUUCUCCUGUCAAACUUAGCCAAACGAUAUCUAUAUUAUGAGAUUCAAACUAGAAA